CGUGAGAACGGCACCUCGCUAGAGCGCGCAGACGGCAGACGGCACCACACCCCCUCACCUUCGCCCUCCUCCGCCUCACACUCACACCGCACCACAGCAAGGAAGUGAGGGAACUACCUGGCUGCAGUUCGCUGGAGUCUUCCUGCCUUGGCGCUGGUGCUUUCACGAUGAUCACGUUCGCGGACCUGACGGAGACGGCCGCGGCCGGCGCCGAGCGGUGCGUCGACCGGCAGCUGUGGCUGGCAUGCGCGGGCGGCAUGUGCACCGUGCCGCCCGUCGGCGCCAGCGUCUACUACUUCCCGCAGGGCCACGCCGAGCACGCGCUCGGCCUCGCCGGGGCGGCCGACCUCUCCGCAGCGCGCGUCCCGGCGCUCGUGCCCUGCCGCGUCGCCGUCGUGCGGUACAUGGCCGACCCGGACACCGACGAGGUCUACGCGAGGAUCCGCCUCGUCCCGCUCCGCAGCGGGGAGACGGACGCCGGUCUCGAGGACGAUGCCGCGGCCGCCGACGAGCAGGAGAAGCCGGCGUCGUUCGCCAAGACUCUGACGCAGUCCGACGCCAACAACGGCGGCGGGUUCUCGGUGCCGAGGUACUGCGCGGAGACCAUCUUCCCGCGGCUCGACUACGCUGCCGACCCGCCCGUGCAGACCGUCGUCGCCAAGGACGUGCACGGGGCCGCCUGGAAGUUCCGGCACAUCUACCGGGGCACGCCGCGCCGUCACCUGCUCACCACGGGUUGGAGCACGUUCGUGAACCAGAAGAAGCUCGUCGCGGGCGACUCCAUCGUGUUCCUCCGCGGAGACCUUGGGGACCUCCACGUCGGCAUCCGGCGCGCCAAGCGUGGCUUCUGCGGCGCCGGCGGUGGGGGCGAGGAGGCCCCGAUGCCCGGUUGGGAUCAGUACGCGGGUCUGAUGCGACGCAAUGUGAGUCCCUGCGGGACCGCCAAGGCGCGGGGCAAGGUGCGCGCAGAGGACGUGGCCGAGGCGGCGCGGCUGGCCGACGCCGGGCAGCCGUUCGAGGUGGUGUUCUACCCUCGAGGGAGCACGCCGGAGUUCUGCGUGCGCGCCGCGGCGGUGCGCGCGGCGAUGAGGGUGCAGUGGGCCCCCGGGAUGCGGUUCAAGAUGGCGUUCGAGACCGAGGACUCCUCCAGGAUCAGCUGGUUCAUGGGCACCGUCGCCGGCGUCCAGAUCGCCGAUCCCAUCAGCUGGCCGCAGUCGCCGUGGCGCCUUCUUCAGGUGACUUGGGACGAACCGGACCUCCUGCAGAACGUGAAGCGGGUGAACCCGUGGUUGGUCGAGCUCGUGUCGAGCAUGCCGGCCAUGCACCUCGCCUCCUUCUCGCCGCCGCGCAAGAAGCCUCGGAUCCCGGCGUACCCGGAGUUCCCCUUCGAGGGGCAGCUCUUCAACCCAGCGUUCCCGCCUAACCCGCUGGCACUCGGUCACCGCCACCACCACCACCAUUACCUUCACACACACCCGUCGUUCUUCCCGUUCCCGGACGGCAGUACUCCUGCUGCCAUACAGGGAGCCAGGCAUGCGCAAUUUGUUCCAUCUUUAUCAGAUCUCCACCUUACCCAUCUGCAGUCGAGCCUGCUGUACCCCGGACUCCGCCGUCCCGAUCAUGUCGGUCCGACGACUCCUAUCCCGGCAAGAAUCAACACUGACCUGACCAUCGGCGGCGCGCCGGCGCGCGGCGACGUGUCGUGCGCUCUUUCCAUUAGCGCCAGUAAGAAGCCGGACGCCGUCAAGCCUGCGGGGCUAGUGCUGUUCGGACAGACCAUACUGACCGAGAAGCAUAUGAGCCCCAGCAACUCCGGCGGAGCCACCUCCCCGGCGGCGACCGGGAACAGCUCUCUCAACUGGAACGCCGAGAAAGGUGCCAAUGUCUCGGAGGGCUCGGGCUCCGGCGUCACACAGAACAGCCCGAGCAAGAACGCGUCGUCGGAGAGGAUGCAGUGGUUCAGGGAGAGCAGCCACGUCUCCGAGCUCGGGUUGGAGCCCGGGCAAUGCAAGGUGUUCAUUGAGUCCGACACGGUUGGCCGGAACCUCGAUCUCUCGGCGCUGAGCUCGUUCGACGAGCUCUACGUCCGCCUGUCCGAGAUGUUCUGCAUUGAGAGCGCAGAGCUGAGGAGCCGUGUGCUCUACCGCGGCGCCACCGGUGAAGUGAAGCACGCCGGCGACGAGUCCUUCAGCGAUUUCGUGAAGUCGGCACGCAGGCUUACCAUACUAACCGAUUCUGGGAGCGACAACCUUGGGAGCUAAGUGAGGAGCAGUAAGCCAAUCGAUCAAGUAGCCAACCGCGAGCAUUGAGUUCUUAGUACUAGCAUGUACAGCUGAAUCCGUGAACUAUGGUUUUGUUCGACUCCGUUCCAACUCUGGAAGAGAUCUUCGCAUCGUGGCAGCUCGUAAGCAAUGCCACAAUCAUUAGGCAGUUGUCCCCAUGCAUGUAUCCCAAUCAAUGUAAAACAAGGGGGUGAUCCUAGUAUCUUGUUCUUCUGUAACCUCCGUCAUUCAGAUGCACUUUUUGAUUCGCGCGUA